AUGACGCCGAUAAGAGCACCUCUAGAGGAUAGUGGCUCCCUCGACGAGUACGUGAGGUUCGACGUCACGCCAGCGAUUGGCACUGAGUUUCGCGAUCUGCAGCUCGCAGACAUCCUCAACGAGGAUGAAAAGCUCAGGGACUUAGCAAUACUUGGUAAGUUUUUGGAUAUAUUCGGAGGCACUACAUGCGGUCACUCAGACAUAUUCUAGUAUCAGAGAGGGGAGUGGUUUUCUUCAGGGCUCAACAUAUUACCAUUGACCAGCAAAAGUCCUUGGCAACAAAGCUUGGAGAGCUCAGCGGCAAACCAAACACUUCUAAGGUGUGUUCAUUCCUCCAUCUAUAAUGUACUGGGCUAAAUGUACAGCUUCAUAAACACAUCCUCCACAACCGAAAUGCCGGAAUUUCCGUAGACGGGGGUGGCAGAUUCGACGACGAGAUUUCCGUGAUCUCUUCAGAGGUAUUUUCAGCCGUUGUUUCGUUUCUAGCGAGCUGCAAGCUAAAGGAGCUCCAGAACAUGCGCAAAUUCCGCCCUGAGAAAUUUGGUCCAUUACGGGGUCUCGCGAGUGAGGGAUGGCACUCAGAGUAUUAUCCCUCCAACCUUUUCGCCUUGAAUUGACGCUGACUGCAACCCCAGCAUGUCUUACGAGAGAGUGCCAUCAGACUACGCAGUCCUUCAGAUUACCACUCGUCCCGAGGAUGGGAGUGGCGGGGACACCCUCUGGGCCUCGGGAUACGAGGCAUAUGAUCGACUCUCGCCGCCCAUGCGAUGCUUGAUGGACGGACUGAAGACGUUCCAUGACUCGGUUCGUAUUUCGUAUACCUCUGGAACUGGUCCCGACCGUAGCUAAUAUGAAAAGUCAAGGCUGAUUUGGCUGAAAUUGCCGCAACUAACGGUACAGAACUGACUACAGACCGAGGUGCCCCCGAGAAUACAGGACUCGAUUUCCAAGCUACCCAGUGGGCAUAAUCCUUGUUAAUUUCGCUUUGAACAUUGAUUCAGUAAGCUGACAACCUCAUAGCCCGGUUGUGCGAACAAAUCCGAUCACAGGCUGGAGAAGUAUCUUCGGAGCAGGGCCAUCUGCGAGGAGAGGCUACAUUCAGGGAGUCUCAAAGCCUGAGAGCCAAAUCCUCACCAAAUACUGUACGUCUUCUCAUUAUCAUGUUCGACUCGUGACGAUAUGACUCACAACAGCCGUAAACAGUGCAACAACUCAUUUCCGAAAAUCACGAUUUACAGGUUCGCUUCACGUGGGGAGAGAAUGAUGUAGCAGUUUGGGAUAAGUACGUUACCUCACAAGCCGCCAUUGUUGCCGACUAG